CAAUUUGUUGUCCGUCACUCAAAGUCGUGGCUAAAGUACUGCUGCACAUCACAUUAUAUAUUUUUUUUUUUACAGCUUGUAUUGUGAAUACUUUUGAUGGACGUCGUGGAGCAAAAAGACACAGAAGAAAAUGCGCCUUCAGUUAUCGACCGUUAUUACACACGCUGGUACAGAGCCGAUAUGAAGGGGAAACCGUGUGAGGACCACUGCAUCCUGCAGCAUUCAAACAGAUUAUGUGUCAUCACUUUAGCAGAGACUCACCCGGUCCUUCAGAAUGGGCGAACAAUCAAAAACAUCAAUUACCAGAUCAGUAAUGGAUGCAGUCGGCUAAACAACAAAGUGUCGGGGAAGUCCAAGCGGGGGGGUCAGUUCCUCACUGAUUUUGCACCUUUGUGUAGGAUAACAUGCACAGAUGAAACUGAGUACACGAUCUACAGCUGCAUCAGGGGUCGUCUUCUUGAGGUCAAUGAGAAUAUUUUAGAAACACCUGCUCUUUUGCUGGAAAAGCCAUCCACAGAAGGAUACAUCGCUGUCAUCCUGCCAAAGUUUGAGGAGAGCAAGAGCAUAACAGAGAACCUGUUGAGCAGAGAGGAGUUCGAGAGCGUCAUCUCCAAACGGAGUGCCGCCCAAUCACAACCCUCUUGACGGAGCUGCACUUUCUCGCCUUAUUCCAGUCAGAACUGUUCUGGGAAAGUUUCUUUCUACCACUCCCACAAGGUUAAGUGAAGAGUGGGAACACAAUCCUGGAAAGUGACAUUUACACGGGCUCACUUCAAAGGGACUAUUGUGUAUAAUGCAAGCAUUGCACUUUGCCUUUAGAUUAUUAUACACUGAAGAAGUUUUCCGAAAGUGCUUUAUUUAUUGUUUUGUUUUUCUCAUUUGAAAAUGAAAAAAUAGAAGAGAGCAUGACAUGGAUUCUGUUGUUAAAUACCCCUAAUAAUGUUUAAUUACAAUUAUUUUUGUAGAAUGUCAAAAAGAAAAACAACAAUGAUUUAAGAAAAAUA